GUCACAGUUGCGCACGAUAGAGAACUUUUGGAGGGGUGAUCACUUGAUUUGAGGUCGAUAGCCGAUCAGAGCCGAGAUCACGUCUUUUCCAGUCGGUCUUUCCGGUCAUACUACCACGCCGGGGUGUCACAUAUCCCCGAAACGCCCUGCGUGCUCCGCCGCAGUUCUUCGUUUCUACAUUAGCUCACAUGUGGUGUGCAGCGUUGAGCUAGCGGCGGACGUAUAACUUGACGAACUGAUUACCCAGACCAGUCUCUGGAUGACCAGGGCACAGAAUGAGAAUUUGAGGAUCUGCUGUGAUGGCGCAGGCGGGACCGGGUACCCUGUCUCUUUUGGACCGAGACACAAUUGGGAAGAAGGAGGACUGCAGCCUGCACGGGCCAAUGGAAUACAAGCUCACGUGACUGGACAGUUUUUUUCGCUUGUCUUUUCUUUUCUUCCUUUUUUUCAAUGAUCCGCAUGGCUGUAC